AUGACAAAAUCACCAAGAAUCAGUCAUGGAAUCAGGGAGCCUGAAGAUAUAAAGGAAGUUCAUCUACCAAUAAAGAGGAUGUUGGAUCAGUCCAAUGUAAUCAUACUCCAGACACUUGUAUCCGUGUACCUGAACGUGUUUUACUUCUUCCCCUUUUCUCCGUAGGUCUUGUCAGGAAACCUCACCAUGGUCACUGAGUUCCUGUUGCUGGGUUUUUCAAGCCUUGGUGAAAUUCAGCUUGCCCUCUUUGUGGUUUUUCUCUUUCUCUAUCUAGUCAUCCUCUGUGGCAAUGUCACUAUUGUAAGUGUCAUCCGCUUGGAUCAAAGCCUUCACAUACCAAUGUACUUUUUCCUUGGCAUUCUUUCCACAUCUGAGACCUUCUACACCUUUGUCAUCCUACCCAAGAUGCUCAUCAACCUACUUUCUGUGGCCAGGUCCAUCUCCUUUACCUGUUGUGCCCUUCAAAUGUUCUUCUUUCUCGGCUUUGCUAUUACCAACUGCCUGUUGUUGGGUGUGAUGGGUUACGACCGCUAUGCCGCCAUCUGUCACCCUCUGCAUUACCCCAUCCUUAUGCGAUGGCAGGUAUGUGGGAAACUGGCAGCUGCCUGUGGGAUUGGAGGGUUCUUGGCCUCGCUGACAGUAGUAAGUUUGGUCUUCAGCCUCCCUUAUUGUAGUGCCAACAAGGUCAACCACUACUUCUGUGACAUCUCACCAGUCAUUCGUCUGGCUUGUACCAACACAGAUAUUCAUGAACUUGUCAUAUUCAUUUGUGGCAUCUUGGUACUCGUGGUUCCUUUCUUCUUCAUCUGUGUCUCUUACCUCUGCAUUCUGAGAACGAUCCUGAAGAUUCCCUCAGCUGAGGGCAGACGGAAAGCCUUUUCCACUUGUGCCUCUCACCUCACUGUGGUUAUCGUUCACUAUGGCUGUGCUUCAUUCAUCUACCUGAGGCCCACAGCAAACUACGUGUCCAACAAGGACAGGCUAGUGACGGUGACGUACACCAUUGUCACUCCAUUACUAAACCCCAUGGUGUACAGCCUCAGAAACAAGGAUGUCCAACUAGCUAUCAGGAAAGCAUUGGGCAAGAAAGGGUCUCUAAAACUAUAUCAUUGA